GCGAGGCCGCCACACCGGAGCCGAGCCCGCGGGGCCCGGGCCCAGGAGCCCCCUUCUCGCGCCGCGGGGCGGCUCCGCCAUUUCGCGGAGGGGGGCCGGUAACCGCCCUGCGCCGCGCCAUGAGGAGAGUUGAAAUGCAUGUGCUGCCUCAAGCAGUCAUACAAAGCCCAUUGGAGCAUCCCAGGUUCAUAGAGCAGACCGUCUGCCCACCACUAGACUUUGCAAGGAUUCAUUUGAUCAAAGACAAAGAAGGAAUAGAUGAUUAUUUGGCGAAGAAUAUCAAAGGGUUGUCAAAACAAGAAGCUGCUGCUAACAGGAAUUCAUACAAGGAGAACAUCUGCAUAGACAUGCUGCGACAGGGUUAUCACAAGUCCUUCUCCGAGCUCUUCACUCUGAUACAGAAGUGGAAUGCCUUGAGGGAGGCUGCAGGGCCUGGGUCAGCCAUAUGGCAGCAGAAGUCCCUGGAGGAGCAGCCUGAUAAGCUGGAUCAGCUUUACCACUUCCUGACCAGGGCUGAGGCAGCCCAGCGAGCAGGGCACCAUGGGGAGGUGUAUGAUAACCAGCUUAACUUGGCCUACUGUUUCAAUGACCCUGAGGACAAAUGGUUAAGGAAUUACUUUUAUGAACGAUGCUUUAACACUGCUCAACUAAUAAAAACUGAUGGCGGGAAAAGACGAGCACAAGCACAUGCACACAUGGGCCUCAUCAGUGAGGAACAAGGUCAUGUCAUGAAGGCUGCUGAGCAUUAUGAAGAAUUUUAUCAAUUAACAGAGGGCUCAACGUGGAAGGAUGAGACAGGCCGUACUUACUAUUCACUGGCAUGUGAGCAUCUUUGGAGAAUUUAUACGAUAAUAGCAGACAAAAUGCUAGAAAACAAAGAACAAGAACAGGCCAUCAAAACGCUGAGAAAAGCUUUCAGAAUGGCAAAAGAAGGAGGUGAUAAAAAGAUGGAAGGAGAGGCUGCAUAUUGCUUAAGUUUGGCAUAUCAUUUUGCUGGAGAACAAAAGACAGCAUUAUCAAUUUUGAACACCUCUGUAAAAAUCUUCACAGCACUGUGUGAUUCUUCUGGCCUAGGAAGAACAUAUAAAACAAUAUCCAAGAUCCUCCUAAGUCAAGGAAAAGUGGCUGAAACUCUUACAUCCUUGGAAGAGUUUAUGAAGGUUGCUGAGAAUGCUCGUCUAAGCCAAAGCCUGGUGGAUGCAUGCAUGUUGCUUGGGAACAUUUACAAUGAAAGAGGGAACUAUAGUAAAGCUUUUGAAUAUUUCACUAAAGCUUUUGAGGCAGCAAGCAUUUUAAAUAAUUUGCCCUCAGAGGAGGAAACAAAGACUUCCUGUGGCAUUGCGAAGACUCAUAAACUGAUGGUGGCAUUUAACAGCUAUAUAGGAGCAGAAGAUCCCGUCAGCCUCAAGUAUCUGCUGGCAUGGAAGGAGAACAGAAGUGACAUGUGCACUGACCCUCUCACAGUUGGCCUAGAAACCCAUUCCUCCCUGCAGCUGCAUGGAGCCUCUGAAGGACAGCAUCCUUCAUUGGCCUCGUCACUCAAAGACUGGAGUGGCAGGGUGACAUCUUUUACAUUACGAGGAGAGCUUGAUAAAGAAACAAGUGAUUCAAAGCCCCUGUGAGCCUCUUCCAGAGACACAAAUUCUACAGAACACCUGCUUGCUUACAGAGAAGCUGAUAGAUGUCUAUUACAAAAACUAGAAGAUCCUUGAAGACUCAUGUAACAAAGUAAGGAUUUUGGUGGAAAUUCUGUCAUUUAAGUGGGUGCACAGUGGGUGCAGUAUAAAUAUCUGAGAGCUCUAAGUUCUUGUCUGUCUGAAGGGUGGCGUCAUCUUUUUUUAUGAAAAGUAGCUAAUGUCAUUGAAAUAAAUGCAAAAGGAAAAGAAUAAUACAGAACAGAAUGUCUGUUGUUUGUGCCACAAUGCUUAUUGUGUUCCAAAGUGUCGAGAUCCUCCCAUUAAGAUACCAAACAUCCUUUAUGCCUGCUGAAGUGAAUAUGAAUCCAAGAUGCUCAAUACCUUGGAAGAUCCAUUUCUAAAUGUCUGGAAUAUUUGCUUCAAAUCCCAAAUUAUUGCCCCAUUCAGGAAAAACAAACAAACAAAAAAAUAAAAGCUUGAUGCCUUAUAUCUAGAACUAUCAGUGAUUUUUAGCUUCUGUGCAUAACAGUUGUGGUUCAACAAUGACCUGAAGAGAAGAGAUCCAGCCUGGGUGGCCCACUGUGGUGUAAUUUUGAUCUUGUCUAUAAUGCAGGUCAGACGCAACACAACUAAGUUUCUUUAAAAUCUGGUUGAGCACACUUACAAAACUGCUGAAAAUCUGUACAACCAAAACAUUUGAAAUGCUAUUGACUGUCUCAAGUGAAACAUCAAUCCAUAGGCACAACUGAAAUGAGUAUAUUUAACAAUGAAAGUGCAUCUGGCAGAAUACCUGUAUGUCACCUUUUCGACAUGGAAAAUGAAAUUUCCCUUUUAGUAAAGCCUGUGUUCAUUCACACAAUCAGGAAAAGUAAAAAUCUGCUCAGACUCUUUCUGAUAAAUAAUCUGAAGCACUGAUUGUGGAGGGUGUGUGGAGAAUUGUCUCCUGUUUUGAGGUGCUGAUGUUCUUGGCUAUGUGUUCCACCCAUGACCUGCAGCAGUCUGACUCCCGUGGUCUUCACCAUUCUCAGGGGGCAUUUCCCAGCCACUGUCACUGCUGGCCCCAAGAACAGUUAAAGGACAGAAGAUGGUGUUUAUUGACUCACAAAAUAUAUGUCAAAGCAGGAUUUGGAACCUUUGGAUUUUAUUUAGGAAAAUUCAUGCAACCUUUUUUAAUUUCAUAUAUUAGAAAAUCUUUCGAGCUACAUAAACAAAGCCUUAUGAAUCCCCAUAAUUGAUCUUUCCUGUCUUUAAACGGAGGUUUCCGGAGUCAGAGUUUGAAGCAAGGUCCAUUAGACCUGUAAUCAGUUUUUAUGACAAUCUUUGAGCAAGCAAUAGCUUUUGCUAUAGUAAUAACUCAAUUCACUGGUUUUCUUCAGGGUUGCAAUUUGAGUAACUGGUUGACAUGUGACAAUAGGAUUUCUCCUGGUUAAGGCAUGGUGAGAAAUACAUCAUUAACUAGCUCUUAUUAGAUGAUUGUUGAUGAAGAUGCUGUGUGCUUACAAUGUAAACAAAUAUCUGUAGCAAUACUUUUAUUCUUUUACUUAGAGGUCUUUAUUUUCUGAACACAAGGCUCAUGACAACGAUUUUAAUUUACAAUCUUUCUAGAAGGAUACAAAUUUGUAUACGAAUAUUCCUAUGCACAAUUAUGCAGAUACAUAAGCAUACAAAUUUUCUGAGUGUUAAAGAAGGUAAACAUUUAAUGAAUGCAAAGAAGGGGAACAGGACCACCAAUUAAAUAUAAAUAACAGUGUACAGUUUACCCCUCAUAUUUUAAUGCUGUUGAUGUGAAAGACCAAAAAUACUAGAAAAACAACAUAGCAACUGGACGUAACUCCUGAAAAUCAAAUUAAUCUGCAAACUCUUCUAGACCUGAUAUAACAUAGCAGGACUUCUUUAACUGGUUUUAGAUAUUUGUAAUUUCUUUUAUCAGAAAGUUGUUGAAAAGAAUGAGAUAUGUGAAUUUAUCAUUCAUAGUUGGGGAAAAAAUGUAUAAAAAUACUGUAUACCAAGCUGACAUUCUAGAAAAGCUGAUUAUCUUUUUUUCAAGGGCAAGUUCAUAAAUUCUUAUGGGUUUUGAACCUUAUGUACAUUUUUACAACAACCAAACAUUAUAUGUAUGCAUCCCAAAAGUUGUUAUGCAUCUAUAUUAAAUAGCAUCAUCAGUAUUCUUUGCAAACCUGAACUCAUUGCUAAGUGAUAACUUUUGUAUGCUGAUGAGGAAAUGGUCACAAAUUCUUUCUCUAGAGCGUUAGCUCUCCCAUACUUCCUAAUAAUACUUGUUAGUCACACAGAUUUUAAUAAAAAUAAGGGUUUUUUUAUCAUCCUAUAAUGAUGCAAAUACAAGCUGUGUUCUUCAGAGCCAGGAAGCUCCUGGAUAAAAUGUUGUUUAUUGAGCUAAAUGUACCUUCCUCCCAUCCCAGUAACUAUUUGUCUAACGAGUAGCUGGCUGGCUGGCAGCAUGCAGCUAUUGUUCUGCUCCUUGCAGGCUUUUUUUUUAGUGGAAAAACAAUGUCUGUGCUUUCCACUUCCAAUCAAUGGGGCAAGGUGGUUAGACAGAGAGAAGUUCUGUACAUUAUAAUUUGGACGGGUUCCUGGAUUGAGCCUCUCAGCUGUUAGAAACAGUCAGAGCUCCCUGGCUAGUGGAUAGGCCUCAUCCUAACAUCCCACAUGCUCCAGCUGAAAUCACAGCUCUCACCAUUGCUUGGCUGCGCUAGCGACUCACUGCUGCUUCAGAAGGAUCACCACUGAAUUACCAGCGCUUCUUCCAACGCUGCUUGUCUUUGGUCAUCUCUUGCCAGACAUAGUCCUGCUCCUAAGAUCCUCAUGAGAUCGUGGCUCCAAUUAGUUCCAAUUAGGGAACUUUGGUUCUUCCUCUCUUUAUGCGAGGGAGACUAUGAUUUCUUUAAGGAGCUCCUCGUAUAGAACAGAAUCUUUUUCUGCUCUGCUGGGUUCAUUAUCAUUGCUACCGUUCCUCCACAUUUUUCUAAAAAGCCUCUAAUUCCCUUUCCUUCAAAACAUUAUGAUCAGAAAAGUAUACUCAUGAGAGAGGUAGAACCGAGUUGCAGGCUUUUCUGUGCACUAAGAAAUUAUAGGAAUAGUUGGCUUUAAUGAAGUUAGGAAAGCAGGUAAAUCAAUGUAGCCCGUAAUGCCAGUUGUCUGUUUCAAAACAGAGACUUGUCAAACACAUUAUAGCAGAUCAGACUCUGAAUAGUUCUGAAGUGGUAAAUAUUGAUGUCUUUAAAAUCUGAGUAAUGCGUCUGCCUGUGGUAUGUGAGACCUCGCAAUUAAGACUGCUUUUGGAAUAGGAUUUUAGAAGGUUUCGCUGUUAGAUGUAUCUGAUGGUAUUGAUUAACAAUUCCUAGCAGAGGGUAAGGUUGUACCUCAGAAAGGAUUCUGUUUAUAAUUAUGAAAAGCAUGUUUUCUAAUCAUUAAUAAGGUAUAUCUUGUUAAUUAUGAUGAUAUAUAAGGUAUUUCACCAUUUACCUGUGAAGCCAUUUGGAAAAUUAAUGUUUGAGUCACAGAAAGGUCAUUGCUAUUCUGGAAGGGAUCCAAUCAUCUCUAAAUAGACCAUCCAAAUGUAGACUAAGAAAUACACUAUAUAUAAUUACCUAGAAAUGGAUGGAAUAAAUAAGAUUAAUGGUAGAUAUUACUAAAGCCACAUUUUGGUUUCUUGCUAGGAAAAAGUAGACUGUAACUGGAAGAAACAAUAAUAUACAUGUAAAAAUUCAAUAAGUAAGUUAAAGUCAUAAGUAGGUAUGUGAGACUUGGCUAUUACAUGAGGUCAGAACUCAGCAGCCUUCAGAAAUGGUGUACAUCAAGGAUUUUGUCUUGAGAUUUCGUGAGAUGUUUCUGAAGACAACAACUAGAAAGAAGAGAAUGAGGACUUUUUUUUUUUCUAAACUGUGUCUUUUUUGACAUCAUUUCUCUAUAACAUCUUUGUAUUUUCCACACGUAUGCCUACAGGUAGAUAAAAUGUUUGUGCUGUCUUUGAAGAUAAACAAAUAAACAUGUUAAU